AUGCAGCGAAGAUCACGGCUGCGGCGAAUAUUGGCUCCAAGGUGCAUCGGGGUCAGUAAGGAGGAAAUAUUGAAACUGGAGGUGUCGAAAUUGUACAACUUCAAGCACGACCUGUUCAUAAUUCCAGCAACUUGGGACGACGAGGAGGAGGAUCUUCAUGGGGAGAGGAAAAUGAUGAACCUUCUUCACCGACAGUUGGAGUUGCUGUACUACUGGAGGGGAGCAGCGAAAUUACGAUGUGGAUUGCAGCUUCUGAGCAACAUCAACAACUGUAGUUGCAGUUGUUGGGGAGAAGUAAGUAAGUACCUAUCUAGAGCUGCACUGGUGUCAACAACAGCAACUACACGACAUGCGGACGAUCACGAUCAUGCCGAUCUUUAGCAGCAGCAAGAAAUAACUACGCAGCUGUUGAUCAUUCGCGAUAGUGUUCAGAUUGCGUCGAUCUGUAUCUUAAUCUGCUGCUCUACUCCUACCUUUCACCAGACCCGAACAAAUUUCACCUAGUGACGAGGAAACAAAAAGAUGAUGUAGAAGCUGCAAGAAACUACCUCUCACGACCCUUUUAUGCCGCAAAAAAAUCGAAAAACCAUAAAACAGC